UAUAAAUUAUUGUAUUAUUAUCUGCCGGCUGAAAUGAUCAUGAUCACACUGCGUGUUCAACUAAAAUAGAGGUUUUUCUAAUUAUUCGUGACGUGUAAUCAAAUAAGCUGAUUCUAUACUUAUUGGGGUGCGUUAAACAUUACAAGUUUUCUAAGAAAGAGUUACUUUUAUUGAAAAACAGUGUAAUGUUUAGAUCCUUGUUCAGCUCCUUGAUAACUCAGGCCAGCUGUCAAGAGGGGGCUGGUUAUUUAAAAAGGGCUGACUCAGACCGACUUUAUGAAAUAUUUCUAAGGUAUGCGACCGUAGAAAGGAAUGGUGAGAAGCACAUCACUAGUGAGGACUUCGUUCGGAAAUUCCUGGGAUUGUUUGCCGAAGAUGACUUCAACAAGGAAUCCGUCAAGCUCAUCGCCGGCAUCGUGGAUAUGGACAAGGAUGGAUACAUCUCGUUCUCGGAGUUUCAAGCAUUCGAAGGUCUGCUGUGCGUACCGGACGCGCUGUAUAAAACCGCAUUUCAACUCUUCGACACAAAUGGCAAUGGGCUCGUUGCUUUUGACGAAUUCGCAGAGGUCAUGCGCAAGACAGUCCUACACAAGAAACUCCCAUUCAACAUGGAGAGUACUUUCGUGCGGCUCUACUUCGGCAAGGAUAAGAAGCGGCUGGUAACAUAUCAGGAGUUCAGCCAGUUUCUCCACGACUUCCACGAGGAGUAUGGUGUGGAGGCGUUCAAGAAGUGUGAUAAAGAUGGCACCGGCUUCAUAACUGCUGGAGACUUUAGAGAUAUUAUGUUGACCGUUAAGAGCCAUCUAUUGACUAAGGAUUUAAAACAUAAGGUUAUAAACGCAUCUGGUUUCCCGCAAGGCGAGAGAAAAAUUAGUUUUCCUUACUACAUGGCAUUCAACUCCCUACUGAAUAACAUGGAACUGAUCAAGAGAGUGUACCUCAACGCUACCAACGGACACAGAACGCAAGAAGUCACCAAAGAAGAAUUUCUGCACUCAGCACAGAUGAUGAGUCAAAUCACACCGUUGGAAGUGGAAAUACUCUUCACAUUAUGCGAUAUGAUUCAUCAUACAAACAAUCGAAUCAUAUACAAUGAUCUCAACUCUAUCACCCCCGAGCAGUACUUCAAACAAGUCACUCGAAGAGUUGCUGAAAUCAGAGCGGUCUCGAGUCCGGAGGAGCGCAGUUUCCUUAUACAAAUCUUGGAAAAUACUUAUAGGUUUACACUUGGUUCCAUCGCUGGAGCUGUCGGUGCGUCUGCGGUAUACCCCAUUGACUUAGUGAAAACGAGAAUGCAGAACCAGCGCACCGGUUCAUUCGUCGGUGAGGUGGCGUACCGGAACUCUUUGGAUUGUUUCCGGAAAGUUAUCCGGCACGAAGGAUUCUUUGGGCUCUACAGAGGUCUGGUCCCUCAGUUGAUAGGAGUGGCUCCAGAAAAGGCCAUUAAACUUACGGUCAAUGACUUUGUCCGUGACAAACUCAUGGACAAGAAAGGGAAUAUUCCGCUUUAUGCAGAAAUUCUAGCUGGCGGCUGUGCCGGCGCCUCCCAAGUAGUAUUUACCAAUCCACUAGAGAUUGUGAAGAUUCGUCUCCAAGUGGCUGGGGAGAUCGCGACCGGCAGUAAGGUCCGCGCGUGGAACGUUGUCAAGGACCUCGGACUAUUCGGACUGUACAAGGGCGCGAAAGCCUGCCUUCUAAGGGACGUGCCCUUCAGCGCUAUAUACUUCCCGGCUUAUGCUCAUGUUAAGGCGAAGUUUGCGGAUGAUAAUGGAUAUAAUCACCCACUGACAUUGCUUGCGGCCGGUGCUAUCGCCGGUGUCCCGGCAGCCUCCCUCGUCACACCUGCUGACGUCAUCAAGACGCGACUACAGGUAGUUGCGCGGUCAGGACAAACGACUUACAAUGGCGUAUUUGACGCCGCUAGGAAAAUUUACGCCGAGGAAGGCGCCAGAGCUUUCUGGAAGGGUGCAUUAGCGCGCGUGUUCCGCUCCUCGCCGCAGUUCGGCGUGACGCUGGUCACGUAUGAAAUAUUGCAGCGUUUGUUCUACGUCGACUUUGGUGGAUCUCGGCCGACGGGAUCAGAGUUACACGUAGCGACACCUAUCGAGGAAACUAAGAAGAAACCGGACCAUAUUGGCGGGUACGAAGUAGCCAUGCCAGUCCUCACCGGCUUGGAGACGAAGUUCGGCAUCUCAUUACCAAGGUUCUCAAGCUCUAGGACACAGUAAUAAAUACAUAUUAUCCAUAGACACGUUGAAUCUCUAAUGGACCUCAUUUGUCUAUUCAUGAUUUGUCUCUUUCUUGUACAGCUUGAUAGAGGGAAACAAAACAUUCUAACAUCAAAAGAAGGUUUAUUAGACGUUUAACAGUUAUGUAUAAUAUAGUUAGAAAUAUUAAUAAGGUUCAGUUGAACUAAAGGAGCUUUUUUUAAAUAAAUUGAGAAUACGCUAAGCGUUUCUCACUGAGAAUAUUGGAAAACGAGUUGUACUCGUAUUUUGAGAAUUAUUGAAGAGUAUAAAUUUUCCAACACGGCUUAAUUUAAGGCACCUCGCUCAUUUUAAAUCUAAUUAUUUUCAAAGCAAUAACAUCCUUGUGUUUAAUAAAUUAUUUGAUUAUUAAAUAGCAAUCGUCGCUCCGAUUUAACAGUUAUAUAAUAUAUAUACUAACUACUAGUAAGUAUAUAUAUACUGUAUAUUUCUCAAAACAAAGACAGCAUAUAGCCUGUUGGCAAAUAUAACGUGUUAUAUUCCUAUAAAUUCGAUAAUAAGAUUUAU